UGUAGACCCCACGAGUUGUUCGCACUUGUUUCAACGAUUGCCGGGGGCCCCAUUACCGAAACUCAACCCAAAAAGAAGGAUUAAAAAGCCACGAGGUGCAACUAAACUCAUGACCACCUCAACAAUACAAUAGUGUUGACCACGCGAGUGUUUAUUCAGUGGAAUUAAACACAUAACAGUGAAUUAAUCGUUGAUUCCACUCGUCGAACGAGUGUUUUUGGUAACAAUAGGAAUUCAAAUAAGACCAUCAUCUUGCGCUGUGUGUCGUGGGGGCUGGAAAAAGCCGAUUAAAUCCUCCAAAUCCCCAAGAGCCAUCCAUUUUUCGGCUCAACUCGAGUGUAAAAAAUACCAAGUGACAAUCGCCCGAGAAAUGUAACCGUGUCGUGACGUCACACGGCUAAUCAAGUGCACACACGUAUACUGGACACACAGGAAGGAGGCGAGAGACAGAGCGCGCGCGCGCGCUUCACACACACAAACCGGGGUAUUUCAUUCCGUGCUGGAUAUACAUCUACGCGCUGCUAUCACGUAUACACACACACAACACAUACGCAUUUUGUGCCGCGAAGAGAAGGAACGAGAGAGACCCCAGUAAAUUGGUGGAAAACGGGUAGAACUCGGGGGCAAUCUGUGCACGUGAGGCUCAAAAAUCGAUUGAUUGUCUUGGAACAAUUCCGAAGCCAUCCAAUAGACGCUGUCCCGAUGGACCCACGAGAUUUCACCCUGAAAGGGCGGCUGUGCGAGGUAGGCAUUUGGCAUUCAGUCGUGGGUCCCACGAAGUGACUGAAUCACCACUGGAUCCAUUAAUCACAACCAAAACUCCUUUUAACCUCGGUAUUUUCACCCUGGAGUGGGUUACCUCCUACGCCUCUGGAGCAUCGCUUAGACCAGGAGAUCACAUGAGAACCGCCACCGCUGCCUUUCUCGACGAAACAAUCCACUAAACAAUAAGAUUUUCAAUGACACCCAACAUUCGCGGCAGCGAUUAGGUUUAAAAGGAUAAUAAAAAGGUGGUGGUGGUGGUUGUACUGCGUCAGAGUGAACAACAAGAUUAUAAAAACAAAAAACUCAACGAGUCUUCCGCCUCCAUCCCACAGUUGUGAAGCUCAAAAAGUAUAAACAGCUGUUGAGUUGCAAAAAAUAUCUUCGUAAAGCAGUGAAAAGGGAAAUUGUGCGGGAUUAAAUUCAUUUAUUGCGAUUAAUGUUUUCUUUCGGUGAUUUAUUCAUUGUGAUUCCAGUUGAUUCGCGGCUGUGAUAAUUGCCAAGUGAAUUGUGAGGAAUUAAGAUUAAUUCGAGGAUAAAAGGGUGAUUCUUGGUGUAUUGUGAAUGCGCCAAGGAUACUGCAUCGUGGAGAGAAGAAAAAACAGUGGAUUUUGUGAUUUAUCUUUAGUUUUUCAGUCUGUUGGAUUUUUUUUUUCAUUCGUCAAACUGUGGAUUGAGUGACAAAUUCUCGUUUUUCUUUAUCACUGAGGUGUCACUUUCAUUUUUAAAACGGAGCACUCCCGGAAAUCUCCUACCACGUCCACCCCCAAUGAAAGGAGGACGCACAUGUCAGUUUCUGCGGCUGAAAAUGCAGGGCCUGGCCCUGGGGAGUUGCAAGACCCAUUGUGGGUUAAAAUGAACGCGAUCACUGGUGGCAUCACGAAGAAGAGAAAGAAAUCAGAUGCCCUACCUCAGUCACAAAUUAACAAGUGCCUUAACGAAAAGAGACGACGCACCCAGGAGAACCUGUAUAUCGACGAGCUUGCCGAGUUGAUUUCCGCCACGGACAUGAGCUCUGGCAAGACCGACAAAUGUCAAAUUCUCCAGAGAACCGUUGAUCAGAUUCGGCACAUAAGGCAACAACAGGGUACGAAUAGUCAUGAUGUACAACAAGGAGAAGUCUCCUCCUCAGACCCGGGUUAUCUGCGUAUCGACCAAGUUGGACCCGUUUUACUUGAGGCAUUGGAUGGUUUUCUUUUCGUCGUAAAUACGGAGGGUAGAGUGGAAUACGUUACGGAUAAUAUCCAAGACUAUCUGAAUUAUACCAAGGACGAUGUAUUCGGGAAAAUUAUUUAUAAUUAUAUUCACCAUGGCGAUCAUCAGUCUUUUAUGCCAAACAUGUUACCUAUUCCAUUGGGGUUGCCGAACGUCGACCCUCAGCCGCUAGUGAGAAAUCGUAUGUUCAACUGUCGUUUUUUGGUGAAGCCACCCGAUGAUAAAGACGAGACUAUGGAAGAGAAGCAGCAGCGUGUAUUCAAAUACGAAACAAUGCAUGUAUCCGCUGCUUUACUUCCUAAUGCCGAUGAUCAUUUGGAGAGUGGUGAUGUAUCAUCAGAAUCAUCUGACAUUGGUCCAUGUAUACUGUGUGUAGCACGUAGACUACCGAGUAGUGAGAAGCCAAUAAGUACAACAACUGUACAACAAUUUACCGUUAAAUUGGAUACAACGGGGAGGGUAUUAGCUCUCGAUACGAGUUGGCUAUCGUCUUCUUAUUCUCAGUACAUAAACAAGGACCUGAUUGGAACUACCAUCCAGGACUUGUGUCAUCCGCAUGAUCUCAGUAAAGUAACUGCUCAUUUAAAGGAGACGAUACAGAUUGGCGAAGGAACAAGCUCGAUAUAUCGAUUGCGAAUCAAUGCAGAUACCUUCGUGAAUGUUCAAACAAAGUCCAAAAUAUUCAAAGCUAAUGCGCUGAACGGCCAUGAUGCAGACUUCAUCAUGUCCACCAAUUCAGUAAUUGGGGACAAUGAUUUAGCGUCAAACGAGGGUGGUCAGCUUUCCAACAGCAAAGUGUGCUCAGGACACUCUAGUAACAAUAGUGCGAAUAAUAGUAUUAAUAAUAACGGUAAUAAUAACAAUAACGUUGGUGGCCCGCUAAUGUCCGUGGUACAUGUGAACGGUCAAGUGAGUGGUAUAAGCGGUCGUACAAUGAGUAAUACGAGUGGACAAUUCAUGAGUGAUAAUUCCCUUAUUACCCAAAAUUCGAGUACGACAAAUCCAUUUCAUCAAUUCACAAGUAACGAUGAUUUGGAGUUUGAUAUAUUUGAAAAUUCCCCAUGGAAUUUGGACAGUAGCAGUUGUGCUGAUAGGCCUGAAUCAAGAAAUACAGUGCCAUCAAAUUCACGACCGCCCUCCCAGCCAAAUCCAACAUCACCAAGCCCACAAUCAACGUACACAUCAAGCUCAGCUGUUGCAGUAUCACACUGUAGUCCACUCCAGGCAUACAGUCCAUCAUCAAUGAUGGGUGCACAUACCUUCAGUAAUACCUUCCCAUUCAGUCCACUACAGGAAUCAUCAUCACUUAUUGGUGGUGUUAUCAAUGGUAAGGAUACCGUUGGUGGUACAUCAAAUGCAUCAGGACAGUCUGGUACAGCGUCAUUGUCAGCACCAUCAACACCACCAAUAACAAGUUGUACAACGAUUAGCGUGACGUCUGGUACGUCAUCAUCGACAACAGCAUCGACACAAUCGACAUUGACAACGAUGACGAGUUCAGCUGUUACACCGGCUACUAUACCAACGACUAAUUUAAUCACCACUGUUGAUAACAGUAGUUUAGGGAGUGGUGACUCUGGUAGGCUUAGGAACUUGUUGACUAAGGGAGUUAGUGCGAGUAGUGAGGAGACACAGGACAUGGCUAACAGUGAAACGGAGAUGCAGAAUCAGAACAAUAGGAUAUUGAAGACACUACUCAAUCAGCAGGAUGACGAGGAGUAUCCUUGUGAGAAUCCAGUUAAAUUGAGGUCCAGUCCGAGUGUUCAGUCGAAACCCAUUGCUGAGCUCUCCAAAUCUACACUUGGGAAUCACAUGCUGCUGCAGCUAUUGAACGAGAAAAGUGACGAGGACGACGACACUCGUGCUGGUCUGAAGAAGCAGCAGACCGAGCUCCUCCAGCAACUCCUGAAAAACCCCGACGAAGAACGAAAAAUGCAAGACUCCAACAGAGAGAGUGACUCCCUCCUCCGAAGUCUCGGCUUUCAAUCGGCUACCUCGUCGUCAUCCAAAUCCGUCGACCAUGGACACCAUGGACCCAGCCAAAUUGGCCAGAAGAGGCCGAACGAAGAUGGUGAUAUAAAUGUGGCAACAAAACGUACUAUGGACAAUUCCCACCAGGUGUCGUCGUCGGGGAGCACCACUGCCUCGAAUAAUUCGCCGAGCAGGUUGUGGGAGAAAAAUAAAAUGCUAGCUUCCUUGUUGGCUAAGCAACCCUCCCAGCCAGCCACUAUCCCACUAAUCCCUGCAUCUGUGAUAUCGGCAACUCCACAGGAUAAAUUGCCACAAGUUAGCGAUCGGUUAAAGCAACAACAGCAUCCCCAGCAACAGCCGUGGACAGCCAGUGGUAUGCCCCAAUCAAUCGGAAGUACAGCAACAACUACGAUUGCUACCUCGGCCCGUACUCCCCUUCAAAAUCCAUCGAGACAACUACCUCGCCAAUCAACCAGUAUCUACCUCAGUCACAUGCUAAGUCACGAGAGACCUCAGAUGGGUCAAAUGGAUUCUGAAUUCGCCAGUAGUGGAGAUUUCACUGGUAACGAUGCGUCAAAUACCUGGAACAAUCAGACAAAUGAUCGGACCCCCGACGACAUUUUGGAUCUAGUCAUAAAUCUCGACCCAGAAGGAAAGCCAAUUCCAAUAAACGAAUCAACGAUAUCUCAGAAUAUGUUGAAUGCUAUUGAAAUACCCCAGAAUAAUCUCCAGAGUGUGGACAAGGAGGCGAUCGACACUAUUCAAAAAUUUCUAAUGGGAUAUGAGAAUGAGAAAGCUAAUGCCACGUCUUCCACGUUGACGAUGUCCUCGACGCCUCCAGCAUACUCGACAGCGGUACGAAAUUUGGGCAGUGCAAUGUCCGUUACAACAGCCCAUCAGUACCAAGCACCCCCGAUGUACCAGCAGCAACGUCCAAGGUUUGCCAACCAGACGGGCAUAAGGCAGACAACAACACCGUUCACACCUCAGCAGCAGGCACAGCAGCAGCAGCAACAAUUGUUGCAUCAACAGCAACGUAGUAAAUUAAUCCACCAGCAGCAGUUGAAGCAACGAUUGCUGCAGCAGCAGCAACAGCAACAAUUGCUGAUACCCUCUAAUGCUACAGCACCCGACCAAAUAGCUGCUGGCAUACACAAUAUCGAUAGCCUUCUCAAUAACACUGUGGCACCAAAUGUCUCGUUACAGCGAUCCAGUGUAUCGGAUUCUCAAAUGUCACCUGGGUAUGGAGGCUCCGUCCAAUUAUCUGCUACUCAUCGCCUUCAGCAUUCUUACUCUCAUCCUGCAACGAUAACACAACAUCCUGUUGUUAAUAACAGUUUCAACAGUGGACAACAAGUCUCCGCCCCGUCUCGACUGUCACCCCAUUCUCCAGCCGGAAUGCUGUCGUUCUCCCAUCCCCAGCCUCUGUCACCCAGAGUUUCGCAGGGAAACUAUGGAAAUAGUCCACGAAUGUUCAACGUCAGUCAGACACGUGCCCAGCAACAGCCAGCGAAUCAGCAACUCCAGCAGCAGAGAUCGAUGCCAUCACCUGGUACAGCUGUUCCAGCACGACAAUCUCCGUAUCCUGCCGAGGCAUUUCCACCCCCUGCCUCCCCAACUGCCAGUCAAUUUCCACCUGUGCAGAAUCAGUCUGGUGGCAAUCCAACGGGCCAAUAUCGACUUCAACGAGCCACAUCAACGCCAACAGCCACCACACAGUUGCCAGGUGGGGUGGGCUCACCCCGUCACUACAGUAGUGUGAAGGACCAACAGUCGCUGCUAUCACCUAGUCACCAACGUGCUGGUUGUCCACAAACCCCCAGCCACAAUGUACCAAACAAUCAGCACUUCAACCAACAACACUCGUCCAUGAUUUAUCGAAAUUCUGGUAGUAAUGUUAAUACCCCAGAUGUACAGAACAGCCAGUUCUGCUACGAUCAGGGUAGUGUGCCUGUUUAUUCAUCAGGUCCCGAGGACAGCAGGUCAAUGUCAUCAAGUAAUCCAGCGAGUCAUCAAAUGGGUGGAACCAACAGCGGUGGGAUGACGUCUGAAUUCGUCAGACAGGAAUUGCGAGCAGUGGUGGGAGCUCGAACACAGCAAAGGGUACCAAGUAAUAUGCAGAAUAAUCUGAUAGGCCAAGUGUCGCAGGACGAUCUCGAGGCCCUUGGUUUAUCCUUCGAGAUGUCACCAGCAGGUGAGGCUGUGGUUAGCGAUGGCCCUGCCAAGAGCUGGGCCAUUGGGAGUGCCGGAAGCGCCCCCUCCUCCUCCAGGAAUACUAUGGAGGAAGUAGUACGAGGUGAUCCGAAAUCGUCACUCCUGCAGAAACUCCUGUCAGAGUGACUGCAAAGUUAUAAGAUGUAUGUAAUAUAUGUUAAGAUCACGUUAAAAUGAUGAACAAGUGGGAGAAUUCUUCGCCUCACCCCAGCGUCUGUAAACAUUCUAUACGUAAUAACAGCAAGUAAUGUUGUAUUAUAUGUAAUAAUGGUUUUAAAAAACAUAAGCAGAUGUCUCACCAAAUACCCAAUACCAGCCAGUCGUACGUCGUGGUCGUAUCGUUAUCGAAAAAUCAAUAAAACGAAAAGACAUGUCGAAUACUUGACACUCACUUCCGCAAUCACAAAUGAACGGUUAAUGAUUUUCUUCUAAUGAUGAUUAUGUCUCGUGAAAUUUAAUUAUCAAGUCGCCUGAUAGCAAUUGCAUUUUUUUUCUCCCGUAGAUUUUACCGAAAAAUGACAGCUGAUUGAAGAAACUAAUCUACGCGUACACUAGUUCGGUACGGUACACUUUGGUCAACAAAAGGGAAGAAAAAAAAUUUUUAAUGAAUAAAACUACGUAGGUACCUCACCGGUAUACAUUACUAUACCACUGGCUGUUAAACACAUAGGAUUAUUUAUAGGUUUUAUUAUAAUGAAAUUCGAUUGAUGAAAAUCAACAGAUGAAGGAAAUGAGGAAGAAAAUUAACUAAAUUAAAACGAAUGAAAAUAGUGAAAGAUGAUACCCCCUAUCCGCGUUUACCGCUUAAUUUAACAACAUUUUACCUAUUAUAUGAGAAUAUUAUCUAUAUAAUAUAUUUGUGAUUGUAAGAAAUCUGCAAACCAAAUUGUGACAAAGAAUGAAGAAAGGGGAUUAAGGGGAAAAUGAGAGAAAGAGAGAAAAAAAAAUGAUAGUUGUUGUUGUUAAUAUGAUUAUUAUAAAAACUAUUAUUUUAUUAUUUUAUUACUAUUACAAUUUGACAUUAUUAAUUAUUAAUCAUUGGUCAUUAUUAUUGUUGCAAUUAUACAUAGAAAUGUAAAUUAUUCGUAAGAGAAAGAAAAAAAUUUUGACUACUAUUAUAUCAGUUUAUUCUCAUCAUUAAUUAAUAUAAUGAAUUAUAUUAUUACCAUUUUAAUGAAAAAAAAACGAUAUUAGUAUUUUCGACGGUAAUGCGAAAAUGUUAAGCAACAAAUGAACGUGUUAUUACGUAAUAAAAGGGUAAUUUCAAUUCAAUUUUAAGGGUACCUCUACAAAUAUAAAUAUAUAAAAAUAUAUAUUGGCAUACAGGUUUACAUUUGAAAAUGAAAAUACCUGAGUGUAUUCGUGUAUGCAUUUAAUGUAUAUAAUAAUGCAUGUGUGCGUGUGCAAGCGCCCUCGUGUCUGUACGUAAAAACAAAAAUGUAGCGAUUUAAAAUUAACGAUAAAUAAUACAUAAUUACGAUAAUUAUAACGAAAUCGAUCUUCUAUUUUGCAUAGCCUGGUGAAGAAAGAAAAAAAAACAAAAAAUGAUAAAAGAAAUAUCGCUCUUUGGGGUACUCGUAUGCACACUGAAUUAAAUAAGAGAACAUUUGUCAGUUGUUAUAUAUAAAUAAAGAUGAAAAUUUAAUCGCGUAUACGAUAUAUAUUUAUGUAAUUUAUUUAUAUAAAUAUAUAUUUGUAUAUACUCACCUGUAUGCGCGUAUAAAUCCAUGCAUACUUAAUGAAAAAUGAGAAAACAAAAAAAUAACAAAUUAUAUUGAUGAAAAAAAAAACAAAUCUCACACAAGUGUCCUAUUUUUCCAUAGAGUUUGGCGGCAAUUAAACGUAGCUUUAAAUUACACAAUUCACGAAUUAGAAUGAUUAAAAAAAAAUGUAAUGAGAAAAAAUUAAAUGACGAGCGACAGAGGGAAAAUAAUGAAAGCAAUAAGCUGCAGGCAGAAUCAUCGCUUUACCAAAUGUCUCGUGAAAUGAGCAUGAAAAAUUCGAAAAAUCUGUACAACAAUUGACCGUAAAUCUAAUUACAAUAAUUCGUAAUUCGACAACCAGCUAAUUCUUGUUAUCGUUAUAUGGUAUUUUGCCCCGUCCCCCUUCCCCCGCCCUCCCCCGCCCCUUUCGUUUUUUAUUGAUUAUUUUUUAUUGGUGCGUAUUAAUGGUUGUAAUAAAUGUUAAUUACGUUUUAUUAUUUGAUAUAAGGAGAAAUGAAUUAAAUGAAAGUUACACGAUAAUUAGGAAUUACCCUUUUGUCAGCACAAUUUAUUCAAUUUGGAAAGAGAAUAAAUGGGAUUUAGAAAGAAAGAUAAAAUGAUGAAAUUGAAGAAUAUGUUAUAGCACUCUUUGGAAGUCACACAUGAGUGAGAUGUACUCUGUUUUUUACAUACGCGAGCAUACAUGUAUAUUUUCUGUGUUCUCGUUUUUUUUUCUUUUCCAUUAUUUUCAUUGAAAUGAAAAAUUGAAAGAAAAAUAAAUAAUUGUAUGUCUAAAAGUAUAUAUUAUUAUAUAUUUACGGACAAACUGCAUGCAUGUGUCUGCGUGUGUGUAUAAAGUGAAUUUAAAAGAUGGGAAAAAAAUACAAAACAAAAUACGUCAUAUAAAUAGAUCAUAUGUGCUUUCUAAUGAUGAAUAAUUUUAUAAAUAUAAACGUAAUACUUA